AUCCUGAAUCUUUUCAAUACUCCCAGGCACAGCAUCAACCCAAGGAUUGCCUUUUACACAAAGAUUGUUCCAGAAACUAAACCUGUAGCUACAAUCAACAGCCAUCAACAGGAGAGAGAGAGGCACAGAGAGAAGAGAGAGAGAGAGAGAGAGAGAGAGAGAGGGAGAGAGGGAGAGAGAGAGAAGAGACAGUGAGACAGACAGAGAAAAAUAGAGGGACAAAGAUACGUGUUGAUUUACAGAUAGAUGUCUAACGGACGUUAAUCUCAAGGCUCUCACUGUAACAUGGACGGACUUCAUAUUUGGUUUGAGUGUUGAGUGAAGUGGUCCAAACCAAGUGCCCGCGUGUCGUGUUGUGUUUGUGUGCAGGUGAGCGUGGGUUGAGUCAGCGGGGAUGGGAAGCCUCAAAGACGAGACGAGGAGUCCAGCUGAAGCCCUCCUUGAACCUGAGCCGGGAGAGGACCCCAGCUCUCCCAGCGCUUCCUGUGCUCCCCGUGGAGAUUUCUGGAGCGCUUGCGACAUCACCAUCACCCCUGCUCCUGAGGAAGUCCCAGACCUGGACUGUGGCUGCGUGGAGGACGUCACUCAGACCAGCAGUGGCCCAGCAGCAGAGCAGCCUGAGGCGGGACCUCCAGACUCGGCGGUGGAGCUGCCAACCCCAGCAGACACCACGGAGGCAGGGGAACCAGGCAGCCCCCGGGCAUCUCUGGAACAGCUCCCCGAGACCGACGCCUCACACACGGACAGAGACAGUCAGAAGGAGACCUUCCAUUGCACCACGAAGAAACAGAGGAGCCAGGAGAGAGACACCGAGGCAGAGAGAGAGAAGGUGGUGGGGGGGUCGUCAGGAGAGCACCAGGUCCCUGGAUCUCCAGCCAGACUGCAGCACAUCCAGACCCAGGUCAGUCUGGAGGUGGUCCAGUGUCACUCUGUGGCCACCAGCCCCAUGACCCCCCCUGAGGGGGCCGGCGCCUUCCACUUCCUGUACUCCUCCACCAAGCUGGGGGCCGUUGACGUGGAGACCGGGGGCGUUGAGAUGCAUGCGGGUCGAAAGGUGGAGUACCGCUCUGUCGCCACGGCUCCCAUGACCCCCAGGACGCCCACCAUCCUCGCCUUCCCAGAAGCCAGCGAGAGAGAGCGAGUGCAGACGGAGGAGAGGAGAGUGGAGGAGGGGGCGGAGGGGAAGGCAGAAGGGGAGAAGAUCAAGCGUGUGUCUGAAUGGGAGACGAGCCACAUGGAGAUGUAUCCUCACCUGCACUUAGCUCCUGCCGCCAAAUGCACCACUCCGAAAAAGGUGACCAAACAGACUGCCUCGAAUUCCGACCCGCCGUCAGAUACCUCGGUGAACUGCCCCCAAACCGAGGCGGUGGAUUCCAACGGAUGUUGCGACUUCAGUGUUGAAGACCCUGCGGAGGAGGAGCAACAUCAACACCUGCAGAGGAUGGGAACCAUGGAUCAAGAUAUCACCAUCCUGGUGACCCACCAUGACAGCCCUGAGGACCAGGAGGAGGCGAAGGAGGAAGAGGGAGGGGCAGGACAGCAGACUGUCUCUGCCGAACCUGACCUGUGGAGGGUAGAUGAACAUGGGGAGCUGAACGCUGAAGACAGUCCCACGGAGGUUAACAGUGCAGUGGUUGGCAUAGUAACGACAGAGCAGGCAGCUACAGGAACCGGGGAAGCAAUGAUAAUCAAUGAGACAAGGAAAACCCCACCAACAGACGAGAACAACACUCUCCAGAAAGAGAAGGCCUUCCCUAACUCAAGUGGAAACAUCCAAACAGACAAAGAGCAUGUGGUGCUGCAGUCCCCAAAUCAAAAUGAAUCUUCAGAGCAAGCAGAAGGCAAAGGGAUUAAGAAGACAGCAUGUUCCAGUGAGGGCACAGGGCCAGGUGCUAGACUGCAGAGGCUUGACCAGGUCCCUGGAUCUCCAGCCAGACUGCAGCACAUCCAGACCCAGGUCAGUCUGGAGGUGGUCCAGUGUCAUUCUGUGGCCACCAGCCCCAUGACCCCCCCUGAGGGGGCCGGCGCCUUCCACUUCCUGUACUCCUCCACCAAUCUGGGGGCUGUUGACAUGGAGACCGGGGGCGUUGAGAUGCAUGCGGGUCGAAAGGUGGAGUACCGCUCUGUCGCCACGGCUCCCAUGACCCCCAGGACGCCCACCACCCUCGCCUUCCCAGAAAUCAGCGAGAGAGAGCGAGUGCAGACGGAGGAGAGGAGAGUGGAGGAGGGGGCAGAGGGGAAGGCAGAAGGGGAAAGAAAUAAGGGGGAAAUGGAAGUAAAAGAGUGGGGGUCAGAGGAGGAGAAAAAAGAAAAGGCAGAUGAGGGAUCUGAAAAGGAGGCACAGAAGGAAGGAAAAGAAAGAAUCAAUUUCCAAACAAAAGAGAAAACUGACGGCAAAGAGGACGUAACUGGAGUGAAAGAGAAGGUGAAUGAGACAGAGAAAGAGAAAGAGGGAGAGAAAGAGGGAGAGAAAGUGGGAGAGAAAGUGGGCGAGAAAGAGGGAGAGAAAGAGAGAGAGAAAGAGAAAGAGGGAGAGAAAGAGGGAGAGAAAGUGGGAGAGAAAGUGGGCGAGAAAGAGGGAGAGCCAGGAGGAGAGCAGGAGAAAUCAGAGAAGCCAGCAGAGCAGAAGUCCGAGGAGAACUCGGAGGAGCUGGUGCAGGAGGUGUGCUGGGACGAGAAGGGGAUGACCUGGGAGGUGUACGGAGCCGUGGUGGAGGUGGCCGUGUUGGGCUCGGCCAUCCAGAAGCACCUGGAGAAGCAGGUGAAGAAACACAAGAAGCAGCCGUCCUCCGCCCUGCCUCCCCCUCCCCCUCUCAGCCCCUCCGCCACUCCCCUCCCCGCCACGCCACCUCCCGCCGGAGGCCCCGGCCAGGGGGAAGAGGGGAAAAGCAGGGCAGGGAGGAGGGGGGGGGCGAAGAGGGGCCGCCAGAGGCGCAACCCUUUCCGCCUGCUGUUGCAGAACAUGCAGCAGCCUCACUGCUGCUCCAGAGCCCACGCCGCCGAGUGACUCUGAGGAGAGAGGAGAGCACAGGCUAGCAGCAUCGUCACACACCCUCCUCCUCAGACACAGUUCCUGGGAUCAGGUCAUUACAACUGACUGCAGGUGUAGCACGCUAUCUCAAGAGAAGGUUUACAGCUCAGGCUAGCUGACUCUAAAGAUGUCUGACCAAAGGUAGGAGAAGAAUCAAUCCGUUUUUAAUAGUGUACAGUCCACGUGACGGGGAGGAGGUUUGAGAGCGUCAAAGAGCACCAUGCCAUGGUCAUUCAUUGCAAUCGACUUAUAACUCUUUGUUUGAUCGACUUCAAAUCAGGAACUCAGAAAGACAGUUACAGACAGGGACAGAAAGGUGACUUCAUUUGAUUGUGUUUAUCUGUGUUUCUUCUAAACGUUUUCACUUACUUUGAGCUACAGAAAUGAACUUUCUCAUUUCAGAUGCUUCUCAUUGCGCUCUGAAAGUUUGCAUGCAGCUGCAUGUCCAUCGAUCAUGUCUUUCCUGUUGAAAGGUAGACAAAGAAGUACUUGGUGUGGGUUCAGUCUUUAGUCCUCACAGAUCUAGUAUUGAAGAGAUUAAGGGGUGUUUGUGUGUGCGUUCCUGGAGAAUGACAAUCUGUCACUGAACAGACCUGGCAACCUUUUCACAAUCUCAGUCAGAUCAGGUCAUGUUUUGGAGAGGGUUUGAUGAUGCACAGUGUAAACAUGAGAGGCACCUUCUAGCCACAAAACAGUGCAUUUUAGAUGUCCUGUUUCAAAUCAUUUUGGUACAGUGUGUGGCUAUCGUGUUUCAUACUAAAAUGUGAGUGUGUUAUUGUGAUACAGAUACAUUUUAUAAGGUGUUUAUUGGCAAUCGAACAAUCAUGGUAAUGUUCUUGAGAAAUAACAAUCACAACAAAGUUACACAAUCAUUAUGUUUUUUAUUUUAUUUAUUAUUAUUGUGGUCACUUGUGGCUGAUUGGCUAAUUGUGAAGUGAAAUAAUUCUUAAUACCUGUAUGUGUACAUCAUUUCUGUUUAAGUUGUGUCGAUCUUUCUGUGGUGUUUCAUGUGUUAAUAAUUUGGAAAUGCACAUGUAGAGAAAACCUGUUUAUUCAAUUGCACUUGCCCUACAUAUAUUCAAAUAUGUAUAUAUAGAUAUCUAGGCCAAUUUUAUACCGAAUUAAACACAGGAAAGUGGUUUGCAAGGUCGUUUAGAACUGUCUCAGGCCCCAAGAACAGGAAUAUCUUAGAAAUAAGCACUCUUUUGCUGAACGUUUGGCCAGUCUGUAUUUUUUUUUUUUACACAAUGGAAAUACAUUUAAUGUUAUGUUUAUUUCAUUCUUGUAUUCCAAUUGCUUUUGAGAGCAAAAAGUAAUUUAUCACAAAAUUCUAAUACAGAGACUAAAUUAAACAUUUGUAUCAUUA